UCAGGCCAUUUUAUUAACAUUUAGGAGCCUGUCAUCAGCGAAAACAAUCAGUUUACUUUGACAUGCUGGCUUGCUUCAUAGGAUUCCAUUAUGUAGCCGUUUUGCAGUUUGCGGUUUUAGUGUUCUAACUCAAUACUGGACUGAUUUCGAUCAUUAAUUGUCUCCAGUAAAGAUUUAGACCCCAUAAUAUCUAAAAAUACGGCCCAGGUUGAAAAAUCCCAAAGUUUAAGAACAGGCAGGCCUACUGCUAUGAAGGAGGUUUUUUUUACAGGAGACAAUUUUACAAUGCUUAUAUUAAUGCUAUAUAGCCAAUUUCUUUUAUUUCUGUUAUCUAGUGACCAUUCUGGGAUGUGUGGUCUGUGGUACAAACUGUGUCGUUAUUAUUCAUGUACCACGUCUGCCAGAUUGUCGACGCACUUGAUGGAGAUGACAAAUGCCAGUACAAAACCUAUAAUGUGGCUUAACCAUACAAUGACACCAUCACACCAUCAAUACAUCACUACCAUCCAUGCUCUGCUUCAUGUGUACCACCACGCCCCCUCCAUGACCAGCCAGUGAUACUUUCCUCCAUGAACAUCUGUGGACUUGAGAGACGGGCACCCACGUUGUCUACCUCUCGCGUUGCUCUACACACGGUUAGGCAACUUCUUUCAACUGCUACGUCACCGUGGUUUCUGGAAUGUUUUCCCUGGGUAAAAUGCAUCUAAUGGACUGUAUUUAGCAUGUUCGGUGGUGAGGUAAGGUGCAUAUAAUUAGCUUGCGAACGUAAAAGCGGUCCAUUGCCUAAUGGUUAUAUACCACCUCAAGCUAUUUUAAGUAGUUCAAAGGAAACAGGACAUUGCUGGAGCUAGAGACGGUGGGAAGAAGGUGGCACAUGGUGGUUAAAUUAUAUUUUUUCCACACCAGACCAGUGACGCAAGCGAGGUCAUCCUACUCGCCGAAACAUCUCAUGCGCUGACAACAGGAGUUAAAAUGGUUUAACAAAUCAGCUUAUCGCUUUAUUCUCUGGAACUCAAUGACAUCUUUGAAUUAAAAUAGAUGCCAUUUCCUCCUCAUAGUGUGAGCAAAAUUGGAGGAAAAUUGGGAAGUCACCAUGGCUGAACAUGACAAGAUUCUGCCAUAGAUGAGUUUAAAUGUCCCUGGUGAAACAGAAGAAUGACACUCUGAUGUCAGAGAAGUCGAAUCCAGCAGAGAAGAUGAAGGAGGAUAAUGCAUUCCGUCGGCGGUUUUCUCUGUGUCCGACUGUUUCCUCUCCGCAGAAGGUGGACCCCCGUGGGCUCUCACGAAAUCUCUCAGAUGGAGACCAUAGCAUCUUCCCUCUCAGUCCAGGGCUCUUGUCAUCCAUCCCGCACGCAGAGGAGCGGUUAAAGAGGACACCUGAGACCACAGCCACAGGCGGAGGCAGAGAUGCUGAACUCAUCCGUCACCCACUCUCUCAGACAGCAUUGCUAGGUAGUGAAACAGAUAAGGAUGGUACACAAAACCUCAAGAAUAAUGUCAGUCCUGCUAGGUCUCCUUCAAAUAAGUCAGAAUCAAAGGUUUUCAAUGGCCAUGAAAAAGAAUGCUCUAGUCCCACGGAGAAACUGGACAGAAAGGAGUCUCUUAAGGUCCAAAAAAAGAAUUAUCGUCAGGAGAAAAAGAGGGCAACAAAAGAGCUUUUUAGUGCUUUGAAGGACCCCACUGUUGUCAUCAUGUCUAACUGGUUAAAGAUUCGUGGGACCUUGAAGAGCUGGACUAAAAUGUGGUGUGUCUUGAAACCGGGAGUGCUUCUUGUUUACAAGUCCCCUAAGGUGGAUCACUGGGUCGGCACCAUACUCCUCAAUGCCUGUAAGCUCAUCGAGAGGCCUUCCAAGAAGGAUGGCUUCUGCUUCAAACUGUACCACCCACUGGACCAGUCCAUCUGGGCUGUGAAGGGUCCUAAAAGGGAGAAUGUUGGCUCCAUCACGCAGCCUCUGCCCAGCAGCUACCUGAUAUUCAGGGCUGCAUCAGAGUCAGAUGGGCGCUGCUGGAUGGAUGCUCUAGAGCUGGCCCUAAGCUGCUCCAGCCUGUACAAGCUGACCUGUAAGGCUGGACGUGACGGCGAGCUGAGCAGCUCCUCUGAGUCCUCACACAUUCUCAACCUCCAGACCUCCCCUCUGUCUAACCAGGAACUCCAACUCCUACAUGACUCCAUGCUGGUGAAUAUCCACAUGGAAACAGAUGGCUGCUCUGACAAAUCAGAGAGGGAGAUUCAUGAGGAGUCAGACAAUGGGGCCAAUGAGAACGGAGACAGACUGAGUGAAGAGAGUGACAUGGACCAAUCAGAUGACCUGCCCCCUGCCCUCAAGGCCACCUGCUACGUGGAGCAAAGUCAAGAGGAGAUUGCUGAGGCAGGGGAAGCGUCACAAACAGAAAUCGUUUCAGACGAGAAUAAAGGCCUGAUGUGGACCCUGCUUAAGCAGCUCCGCCCUGGCAUGGACCUCUCCAAGGUGGUGCUGCCAACCUUCAUCCUGGAGCCACGCUCUUUCCUGGACAAGCUCUCUGACAACUAUUACCAUGCCAACUUCCUUUCAGAGGCAGUGAAGGAGGACAGUGCUUAUGGGCGAAUAAAAAAGGUGUUGCGAUGGUACUUGUCCGGCUUUUACAAGAAGCCCAAGGGCCUGAAGAAACCAUACAAUCCCAUUUUGGGAGAGACGUUUCGCUGCUCUUGGCCUCACCCUGACACAGACAGCUGCACUUUUUAUAUUGCAGAGCAGGUGUCUCAUCACCCUCCCAUUUCGGCCUUUUAUGUGAGCAACAAAAAGGAUGGUUUCUGUAUAACUGGUAGCAUUUUUGCUAAAUCAAAAUUUUAUGGCAACUCGUUGUCAGCUGUGCUAGAUGGUUCAGCCAAGCUGCUGUUCCUUAACCGUGAUGAGGAGUAUGUUAUAACUAUGCCAUAUGCCCACUGUAAAGGCAUUUUAUAUGGUACAAUGACUUUGGAACUUGGAGGCAGAGUAACAAUUCAUUGUGAAAAGACUAAGUGUAUAGCACACCUGGAAUUUAAACUUAAGCCUUUUCUUGGUACUUCUGGCCAAGUGAACCAGAUAUCAGGGAAAAUUCUCCAGGAUGAAGAAGUGUUAGGCACUGUUGAUGGACACUGGGACGGAGAGGUGUACCUGACUGACAGGAGGUCAGGACAGAGGGAGCUGCUGUGGAACCCCACCCUAGAGGUACGCAAGCAGAGGCUGAGGAGGCAGGUCGUCCAGCCAGGGCAGCAGGAGCAGUUUGAGUCUGAAAGGUUGUGGAAGAACGUGACCUGCGCUAUAGUGGACCAGGACCAGAACAGAGCCACACAAGAGAAGUUCCUCCUGGAGGAGACCCAGCGGCAGGAUGCCCGAGAGCGGGGCCAGCAGCCGUGGAAUCCCCGGCUCUUCUUCCUGGACCCCAUCACCAACGAGUGGUGCUACAAACAUGCAGACUCUAAGCCCUGGGACCCAGUCAGUAGCCUGAUGCAGUUUGAGAAGGGUGGGAUCAUCCAGACCAGGGAGAGGGCGCAUCCUCAGAUGCGACUCAACGGCCUCUCCUACAGUCAGAACUGGGUGGCACAGCAGCGGGCCAAAACCCGGGGCAAACACAGGAAAUCAAACUGUAGCCAGAACACAGAGAGCAGCAGCACCUCAGACCCUCUACAUGAGUCCUCAGACAACGAGGGCCAUGCAACCCAGUGUCCUCUGUGUGCCCGGGAGUCUGUGGAUUUUGCCGAAAUUGAGGCCUCCAUUGCAUCCAUACAGAAAAUGCAGCAAGAUAUUCAAAGGAACCUGUGUACAAUGAGCCAGCAGAUGAUGCUCUGCAGCCAAUCGGAGGAGGGCGUGAUGCUGAGCGGCCGUAACUGCCUGAUCCUCUGCGUCCUGCUGCUGCUCCAGUUCUUCAUCAACUACGUGUCCACAUGAGACACGGCACCAAACCUCCAGCAAUAAACCGCAACCUCACCACCACCCAGCUCCACUAUACCCCGAGAUCUGAACUCACACUCAGGCACAAAGCACUUUGGAGAAAAAGAGAGAGGGAAGGAGAGAGAGAGGGAGAGAGAGCACAAGAGACAUGAUACAGGAAGAAAGAGGAUAGGUGGGAUGAAUGAGAAAUAGAAAUCAAAUUAGGCAGAGUUAUAUAUAUAUAUAUGUAACAACAGAAAAAAAUAUAUAUAAUAUUUUAAUAGCGUGCUAGGAAUAUUUGAUGUUCUUUCACGGCUAUUUGUGGAUGUGCACUUUUAUAGGCCUUGCAAUACUAUUUCAGUUAUUCUUUUUUGUUUGAUUCUUUCAAGACCCCAUGGGGUUAUUCUCCUUCCAGUUCGAACUUUGGGCCUUAAUGCUAAAGCCAAAUAAGAGGGACGAAUCACACACAGGAGAACAACAUCUAAAAUUGAUUGUGCAAUUCUUGUUUUUUGAUAAAUGUUUGGUUAUAUGAUGUUUUGUUUUGAUAAUAUACCAAACAGUAUUUAUUGUCUUUCAUGGAAAGAGUUUAUGUUUACAAGUAAGAUUCUUCAAAACCACAAAGCCAUUAUGUCAGUAGUAGAGCUUAACAUUUCACUGUAGGCUGUGAUGAGAAAUCUCUCUGUAUGCUUCAUGCCAUGACACUGUUAUAAGCAUGCCUAAAAACUGUAAUUGCCUUAUCAAAUUAACAAAUGGUUUAAUGAGACACAUAACCAUAAGAGGGGCAAGAGAUCACUUAAUGGAAUACGAUGUCCCCUUACAAAUCAAUGUGUGUUAAUGUUGUUACACCAUCUGCUCUAUUUCUCUCUGACAGAUUCACAAAUAUAUACAUUGUGAAGCAGGUAGCCUGGGGAUUCACAGGGUGCGUGAGGGAGACACAGGGGGACAUUUGAAAUACCAUGUGAUCCUAUAGGAGAUGUUAUAGGGAGGACCACAGUUUUCCCACACAUGUUACUUGUGUUUGCUUUAAGGAAUGAAAUGUGUAAUAACCAAAUACCAGAUGAAUGAAUUAGCUGAAUGAAAAUGUACUGCAUUCAGUCUUGCCUAGUUUUCUUUUGCCUGUAUUGCAUCACUUAUUUAAAAGUAUAAUACCAAGACACAAAUUCUUCCUGAGUACUAUUUGCAAGUACUCAUUGCUAGUCAUGCGUCUAUAACAAGCAUUGCAUGGAAUUCAAUGGUGUUGGAAUUUCUUGUUUUGAGACAUCUUAAAAGACAUCUUAAAGUACAGUACUAGCACAAACUCUACUUUGGAUGCAGGUGAGGUGUCUGACAGGUUCUUACUAGGUUUUCACACUAUUUGUUUGUUACAUAGUAGGCCACAAGGAAAUGGAGAAGGCAUCCCUCAGCUUCACUGGCAAGAGGGUUAAAAUCUCAUUACAGAGAAUUUCUCCUAGUAAUAAACCAUUAUUAAAAAUA